ACGGCGGGGCCGAUGGCGGCGGGCGAGAUGGCGGCGGAGGCGGCGCAGCUGUGGUCGCUGCUGGACGACCUGGCGGAGAGCGACCCGGAGGCCUACGGCCGCCUCCUGCGGCAGGAGCGCGCCGAGGCGCGGCGGCUCUGCGCCCCGCCGCAGCCGCGCCUGUGCGUGCGGGUCCGCGCCGCGGGCGCCGCCGCGAGGCCGCUCUUCGUUAACGUGUGCGGCUGGAGCAGGAUCCCGGCGCCGCGGACACCCGCCGGCCCCGUGCCCGUCGGCGCCGGGGCGCUGCGGGACGUCGCAGAGGCGGCAGAACAUUACAGCAUUAUAGACGUUGCAUAUAACCCGGAGGUUCUUCAGAAAGCAGAAGAAAACCCAGAAGAAAUGGAACACUUGGUCCUUUUGACACUUAAAUUCAUUGAGGAACAAUGCAGCCUUACUCUUUCACGUUCCUACAAUAUUGAAACAUUCAAACUGAAAGGGAGCCUGGAAAGGAUGCAGCAAAGCCUGAAAGGAAAGCAGAUGCCAACUGCACCUCUCAGCCAGAACACAGGGAAGGAACUGACUCUUGAGCAGCUGUUACACAGUAUGGAAGUUGAGGACCACAUCAAUGAUCCUGUGCUGCUGCAGGAAAGUGUUAAACAGUCUAAAGCGCAUCUGAUAGAAGAAAUUACCAGUACAGAAUUGCCAGAGGAGCUAAGUACACCCGUCUAUGAAAUGCUCACUGUGAAGGAUACAAACAAGAAACCACUAAAGAUUGAGCUGAAAAUUGAAUUGCCUAAGGUUAGCUCUGUUUCUGAGUGUGAUCUGAGUAUUUCAAAGGAUGAUGUAAUCAUUGAGGUCUCUGAAAAAUACAAACUACAACUAGAUCUACCAGAAUUAGUGGAUGAAGAAACAACUACAGCAGUAUUUAACAAAGGAAAAGGGGUACUGCUCAUCACAAUGCCAGUUGCCAAGCCAGAACAUUAAAGACUGCGUUCUGUCAGGUUUAUGCUCACAGAAGCCCAGAAUGAGAAUGCCGACUUUUACCUGGUGAUGACAGGUGGUUUUGUUUGUUUGUUUGUUUGUUAACCUUUGAUUUUCAAAGGUGAGUGUCUCAAAAUGCCUUUAGAAUUAAAGAGCCCAGAGUGCAGACAUAGAAAAGGAAGUCUGGAGAAAUAUUAGCACCACUGAACUUAAAAAAUUUUUCUCUAAAAAAAGUAGACAUUCAAUAAAUACUUGAAUAUGUUAA